AUGGCAGAUAAUUCAAAACUGACCGAGGAGGAGCGCGUUGAAAUUAGGGAACAGUUUUCUCAGUUGGACACGAGUGGAAAUGGGUACAUUGACUUGAAAGAGCUGAAAGACGCCCUCGAUGGCGUCGGAUACAAAAUACCGCAAUGGAAGGUCCGUUGCAUGAUCGAGGAAUAUUACGAUAACGGAUCAAAACACGGCAGAGCAAACGGCAGUGUCAACGGUGACUCCAGAAAGAACGGCAUGACCCUCACAGAGUUUGAGGAGCUCUGCGGCAAUCUCAAGGCCCAACAGGUCGCCAGCACGUUUAAACAGGCUGUCAGCAAAAAGGAGAAUUUGGAACACCUCGGUGGAAUGAGCGAGGCUUCCAGUGAUGGAACAACACAUUCAGUACGGUUAGAAGAGCAGAUGGCUUUCUCUGGGUGGAUUAAUAGUAAUCUUGAACACGAUCCUGACCUGGCCCAUCUGCUUCCAAUCGAUUCUGAGGGAAAGCAGCUGUAUCAGAAACUGAAGGAUGGGCUUAUUCUAUGUAAAGUUAUCAACCACUCCUGUCCUGACACGAUUGAUGAACGAGCGAUAAACAAAAAGAACCUCACUCUUUACACAAAACAUGAGAAUCUUACGUUGGCGCUGGUCUCCUCACAAGCUAUUGGGUGCAAUAUCGUUAAUAUAGACGCCCAUGAUCUUGCCAAAGGAAAACCUCAUCUUGUUCUCGGUCUGUUAUGGCAGAUUAUUCGCAUCGGUCUAUUCAACCAAAUUACGUUAGAGCAUUGUCCGGGACUCACAGAACUUCUUAACGACCAGGAACGCAUCGAAGACCUUCUAGCCUUAUCUCCCGAGGCAAUUCUCCUGCGUUGGGUGAACCAUCAACUGCAGUGCGCGGGAGUCACUCGUCGCUGCACCAACUUCCAACAAGAUGUCGCUGACUCCGAGAUCUACUCGUACCUGCUUAAGCAGAUCGCGCCAGAUGACGCAGGAGUUACCUUGGACGCUCUUAGAGAGACAGAUUUACUUCGUCGCGCAGAGGUCAUGUUGCAACAGGCCGCCAAGCUGCGCUGUCGUGCCUUCGUGGCACCAGCUGAUGUGGUUAACGGAGUGUACAAACUUAACUUGGCCUUCGUCGCUAACCUGUUCAAUCAGCACCCGGGCUUGCAACGCAACGAGACUGAUGCAGAUACCUACCACCAGCUAGAUGAGACCAGGGAAGAGAAAACUUAUCGUAACUGGAUGAACUCAAUGGGCGUAGCCCCCCAUGUCAACUGGCUCUACUCGGAUUUGACGGACGGUCUUGUUAUCUUCCAAUUGUACGAUAUCAUCAAACCUGGCAUUGUAAACUGGAAGAAGGUACAUCGUCAGUUCUCCAAGCUUCGCAAGUUCAUGGAACGGUUGGAGAAUUGCAACUACGCAGUGGAGUUGGGGAGACAACUCGGUUUCUCUUUGGUUGGAAUAGCUGGUGCCGACAUCAACGAGGGAAAUGCCACACUCACGCUUGCUUUAAUCUGGCAACUAAUGCGCGCUUACACACUAUCUGUUCUGACGCGGCUGGCGAACACUGGAAAUCCCAUCAUUGAGAAGGAGAUUGUGCAGUGGGUAAACAACAAGCUGCAGAGCGCGGGAAAAACUUCGUCUAUUAGGAGUUUCCAGGAUGAAGUCCUGGCCGAUGGCAAAGUUGUGAUAGAUUUGAUCGACGCCAUCAAACCUGGAUCGAUUAAUUACGAUCUCGUUCUGCCAGGCGCUAACCAGGAGGAGUGCGCAGCAAACGCCAAAUACGCAAUUUCGAUGGCGAGAAGGUGCGGUGCGCGCGUGUACGCACUACCUGAAGACAUCACAGAACGGAAGCCCAAGAUGAUCAUGACUGUCUUCGCCUGUCUCAUGGCCCUCGACUACAUUCCAACAAUGGACGCGCCCGUCGCACAGCCCGAAUUAAUACAAAACGUAGAGAAAGACUUGGAACCCGUAUUCGUGGAUGGUAUAGUCGGCCAGAACAGACCAGAAGAAAUUGUGGAUACUAAUACUACUAACCUGAUUGCAACCGAGACGAUUACAGCAGAUGAUAUUGUUACUGCGGACAAAACGAUUACUUCUGUAGGAGAAGUAACUGUGCUAACCAACCCGACUAAUGGAACUGACACUCCUAUUAUUGAUGACCUGGUUGCCCAGACUACGGAAAAGCCCGUGCUACCUCCAAAACCUGAAAAUCUUACGCGCUCUCUGUCUGUUACUUCAGAAUAA